GUGACGUCAUAGUUAUUAUUUAAAAGUCUGACAUUUCGAUCUGUUUACAGUUCAGUUCAGUGUGUAAACAGGAGAAUCCGCGAGCCGAGGAACCGCGAAGAAAAGGUGAAAGUGCGCUUCAACUUGAAAAGUGAGUGCAAAAAGAGCGAAGGAAGAUGACUGGAGCCGCGGAGGACGAUAAGAGUUACUUUCAGCGUUUUUGCGAUUACAUGCGUCGCGAUACCAAGGGAGUGGAGAUUGCAACAUACACGAUAUCCGGCGUUCUUUUCGUAGUUGCCUACAACAAAAUUCGACCGAUAACCCGCUUCGCCAAAGCGUCGGACAUCCCGCGGCACUUUAUCCGGGAGCAGAUUCCCCAAUACGGACGCGUCCGCAAGAUUGAACCGUCGAUCCAGGCCGGCCCUCUGCUGGUCGUCCGCCACCAGCCCCCGCUGAAUUUGUUCUUCUGGUCCAGCAAGACCCUCCCGGUGAAGGUAGCCGGCAUCGACGUUAACGCCAACGGUUACUCCUGGCUCCAGUCCGUCGUCGUGGACCGGCCGAUUACGUUCCUUCCGGUGGGGGGUGAAUCGGGACAGGAUCACGCCGAAUGUCGGGUGAUUUUCUACGAUCAAUCCAAGGAUGGGAAGAGCGUCCGAAGGGUGGACGUGGGAGAGGCGCUGCUUAGCUUGGGUUUUGCCCAGAUGAGCGCUCCGGUUCCGAUGAAGGCGACGAAGCCGGUCAGCAAGGAUCCGUUCGAGAGGGCCGUCCAGGGGUACUUCCGGGCGCUGGCCAGGAGUGAGAGUGAGGCCAAGGAUCGGCGCGUUGGACUGUGGCAGCAAAGAUUACCACCAAAACUGUGGCCCACCAAGCUCUGGCAGAGCACGUGGGACGGCCUGCUGUUGAAAGUUUCGCCGGCGUCCCGCCAGCUUCCGGAGCUGGUCCGUUGAACUGUGUGUGUGUGUGCGGGACCGAAUCCAAUCCGUCCAUCCGUGCAGUGUCACAGUGUCGAACGAAAAGCGCAGCAAAUCCAAUCAAAUCAAGCCCCAAGACGGCGAAUCAAAUCAAUGACAAUACUUGAUAGUAUUUUUAUAGCAGAAAACGUUGUUCACAUUUUUUUUUUGUUGUUGUUCUGUUUUGCCAAUUUUACUCGAUUGUGCGCGAUUUUGCGCCGCGUGCCUUAAUCGCGCCCCUUUUUUUGCCUUUUAGGUAAUUUUCGCGAGGGUUUGCAAAAAAAAAGUCUAUUUUAUUUUUCUUGUUGAAGUUGCAGUAACGUUAGUUUAAUCCAAAUCCAAUUGUUGGCCCGUUUCAAAACAGCAUUAGUGGUGGUUUGAUGUUUUUAAAUUGAAGAUGUAUACAGAAAAAGGAGAAGUGAGAGAAAGAGAAGAUAUGGGUGCCAUAAAAGGGCAGCAUAACUUCAAUUCGAUUGGUUUCGCGAGUUUUGGAGAGUUAAAUAUCGGUGAGGUCUUUUUAUGGGUAGGCGUCUAAACAUAAGAUUCGUCUAAUAAAAUGAAAGUAUGAAAUUUA